AUGCUUUUCAGCGGCUGGCUCAAAGCCAUUCUUGGAUUGUCGAUUUACUGGCAAUCCGGUGCCUGUCACCAAGCUCAUCUACACGACGAACAAACUCCAAUAGACUUGGAUGCAAACAGACUGCUCAAGAAAUGGGGGCAGGAAUGGGCGUUCUCAGGCAUUUCCACCUUUGCCCAUCUUAAACAUGUGAAGUGUUUGGUGGAUCGAGACGAGCUCUAUGAUAUUGCGAUAAUCGGAGCCCCAUUUGACACCGCCGUCUCAUACAGACCAGGCGCCCGAUUCGGCCCUCGCGCCAUCCGUGCUGCCAGCGCUCGUCAGGUUCCUGGGUUGGGAUUCAAUCCUCGCGCAGGAAUCAAUCCCUAUCUCAGCUGGGCCCGUAUCCUGGACUGCGGUGACAUCCCCGUCGUACCCUUCGACAACGCCAUUGCCGAAAAACAAAUGUACGAAGCGUUUCUGGAAUUGGGAACGCGACCCACGCCCAGAAACGGCAAGCCCAAACUCAUAACACUGGGAGGUGAUCAUAGCAUUGCCCUUCCAGCGCUGCGAGCGCUGUAUAAGAUUUACAACAAGCCAAUUACGGUUGUACAUUUUGACGCUCACCUCGACACUUGGAAUACGCUCCGGUAUUCGACGGAGUGGACCUCUGACCAAGCCAGUUUCACUCACGGCAGCUUCUUCCACACGGCCUGUCUUGAAGGACUAAUUUCGAAUACCAGUUCCGUUCACGCAGGACUCCGGACUCGUCUCACCGGCGCAGAUGAUGGAGACUACACCAAUCCGGGGCCUGAGCAAAGCUUCUUGCGGAUUCAUGCAGAUGACAUUGACGAAAUCGGCGUGAAAGGGGUGAUUGACACUAUCAUCUCCCGUGUCGGUCUUUCGCCCAACGAUCCUGUUUAUUUGAGCCUUGAUAUUGACGUUCUUGACCCCAGCAUUGCGCCGGGAACCGGGACACCGGAACCAGGUGGUUGGACAACGCGAGAAUUAAUCCGCAUCCUCCGUGGGAUUGAGAAGCUGAAUCUUGUUGGCGCCGAUAUUGUGGAGGUUUCACCCACUUAUGAUGGCCACGGCGAAGGAACGGCACUUGCUGCGGCUCAAAUGGUCUAUGAGCUGCUGGCAAGCAUGGUAAAAUUGGAGCUCAAGGACGCUCCUGGGUGGUAUGGCAAAACGGGCCACAACGCUCGUGAUGAAUUGUGA